GCCCAUCGCAACGACCCGCCCCGUCGGCCCGCGCCUGCGCCGUGCACACCGACCAGCCUCUGGCGCCCCGGCGGGAGGUUUUUCUGUAUGAGUGGAGAAGACAGUUGUUUCAAGGAGAAGUGACACAACACUUUUUAGGAUGUCUGAGGAUGAAGAAAAAGUGAAAUUACGCCGUCUUGAACCAGCUAUCCAGAAAUUCAUUAAGGUAGUAAUCCCAACAGACCUAGAGCGGUUAAGAAAGCACCAGAUAAAUAUUGAGAAGUAUCAAAGGUGCGGUAUCUGGGACAAGUUGCAUGAAGAGCAUAUCAAUGCUGGACGUACAGUUCAGCAACUCCGCUCUAAUAUCCGAGAAAUGGAGAAGCUUUGUCUGAAGGUCCGGAGGGAUGACCUAGGCCUUCUGCAGAGAAUGAUGGGUCCUGUUAAAGAGGAGGCGUCUACAGCAACAGCAGAUUUCCUCCAACUCCAUCUGGAAUCCGUGGAGGAACUUAGAAAACAAUUUAGUGAGGAAGAAACUUUAUCACAGCCUUCUCUGACCAGAUCCAGGACCGUUGGUGGAACAUUUCAUACUGCUGAAGCUGAUCCUCAGAGUAUGACUCAGAUACAUGCAUUGCCUGAAAUUCCUCGAGAUCAAAAUGCUGCAGAAUCCUGGGAAACCUUAGAAGCGGACUUAAUUGAACUUAGCCAACUGGUCACUGAUUUCUCUCUCCUAGUAAAUUCUCAGCAGGAGAAGAUUGACAGCAUUGAAGACCAUGUCAACAGAGCUGCUGUGAAUGUUGAAGAGGGAACCAAAAACUUGGGGAAGGCUGCAAAGUACAAGCUGGCAGCUCUGCCUGUGGCAGGUGCACUCAUUGGAGGAGUAGUGGGGGGUCCGAUUGGCCUCCUCGCAGGCUUCAAAGUGGCAGGAAUUGCAGCUGCACUUGGUGGUGGGGUGUUGGGCUUCACAGGUGGAAAAUUGAUACAAAGAAGGAAACAGAAAAUGAUGGAAAAGCUUGUUUCCAGCUGUCCAGAUCUUCCCAGCCAGACUGAUAAAAAAUGCAGUUAAGAACCAAACUUCAGCAUUAUUGGUGCCAACAUGUCUAUCCUAAUAAGGACCUUUGCUGCUGUUGGACACUGUCAGUUUUUGGAACAUGUUUAUGUUAAGAUAGUGGCUAUAGACCCUCAAGUGGGGUUGACCUGUGAUAAGUGGAUAUAUUUUGUUGUUUGCCGGGUGUUAAUGGAGAUGUUACAGGUUGAGGAGCCUGGGCUGAGGGUGUAUAAUGUUUGUCAAGUAAAGUUUAAAGACUACCAGGGAGCAGAUUUUCUGCUGCAGAUGUGAAAACUGAACCAUAACUUUGAUAAGGACAUGAAAUGUGUGGUCAUGUUGGGUUAUAGAGGAAUGGUUUCUUCCAUUUCUUCCAUAACCCUGACUUAGAUAUCCUCAGGCUAGGCAUAUUCUAAAAUAUGCUAAUUUAUCUUCUAAAUAUAGGAGAUUAUUUAGGCCUGUUAGCAAAAAAAAGAAUGUGGAGUUCAGGAGCCUUUCUUAUCUAAUAGGGAAAUCAGAAUCUAGUGAGGAGCAUAGGUGAACUACGUAAUGGAGUCCAUUUGGCAAACCCUAUUGCAGCCUGGUCUACCUGUAUCUUCUGGUGAAGGAUACGACUGGUAUAAGAAAAUGGAAAGAGAGACCCAACUUCUCUUUCAAAUAUGUUCAUUUAUGAAACUUUCUUCUUUUCUGAACCCUUCCUUCUGCCUCUCUUUAAAUAAAGAAUACAGAAUCCGAAGGGUUAGGAAGUCUUAUAAGCCAGUCAGCGAGCUUGCUCGGUCAGCCUGUCUCUUAACACCUCCAGGAUCUAGUUCCCUCUGCCUUCCCUCCCUUGUAAUUCUGAGAAGUUCUUUGAAUUCUACCUAGGUGUAAUGAGGACUUUUCUCAUAAUCUGCUUUCUUGUAUCUCCCACCUCUGUUCAUCCUUUCCUAUAACCUCUAAGUAAAAAGAAAAAGAAGGAAGGAAAAAGAACAGAAAAAGAAAAGAUAAAGAAAUCUCCAAAUAUUUCCAACAUUGUUAGAGUUUGAGAUAAAAAAUAAAUGGGGCGGACAUACCAGAUUAUUUCUUGGGGCAUCUUCCAGUUUCAAGGGCUGGUGUACCUGCCACACAGGGCAUCUCUGGACCCUAAGUCUUUUCCUCUGACCCUUGGGGGAGAUAAGAACUAGUUUUCUACCUCACUUGUGUUGCUACCAUCCUUUUCACCAGGCUUGGCAGUCUCCUGUGCUUUCCUUCUCUCUUCACAGCUGCUAUUUCUUCCCAAGAAUGGCAUUUUUGCUUGCCUUUUCUCACAUACAAGAUGAUGGACAAAGCUAGUGCCAAGACUCAGUCCUGAUGAAGGAUUUGUGGUGCUAAUCUCAACACUUGACAUUAACAGCAAUCAUAGCCCAGCCCAGCCAAAUGUCUAUCUUAAAUAGCAAGAUGAUUUAAAUUUAGAAAAAGGAAUUUAAGAUUACAGGCAGCCUCAUCCUGUAUCCCCAACUCAUCUGAAAUAGGAAGGAACCACCUUUUGCCUUACUCUUUGCUCUUUUUCUGAGGACAGAGGAGUGGGGACCUGCACCACAGAAGGUGUGAGCUAUCUCUGCUCAGGAGCCAAACAUUCAUCAGGCAGUUCAGUGAUUUAUCAGUUCUCUCUUGCUGAGUUUACUCUUAAUAACUUUUAUUGAUUGCUACCUUUUACUUCUGUAUCUGAGAAGACCUUUCUCUUUGAUACUCUUUUGACUCUCACCAACAAAUUACAAUGAGAGAGCACCAUUUCUUACUGUCAUUAAAUAACUGGAAAAUAGAAUUAUUGUUACCUGCUGACUUGUAUCUUUAAUAUAUUACCAGGAAGGAAGUACUUUGAAUAAGUGUCAGAUUAUGACCCACAAUUUGAUACUGGGUACCUGUAAGGUUGGGAUAAUUUUUGAAGUCCAGCUUUUUUCUAUUUUCUGAUUCUUGUUGUCCCUUUAACACAGGGUGUUCAAACCAGAAUGAGGAUCCAAUUCACCUGGGGUGUUAUUUAAAACAAAGUUCCAAAACUUUAGUCCUGUGGGUGAUUCUAGUAAUGGCCAAUCUGCCCUGUUCAGCUAAAAUUAUAAAUAUAAGAUAAAGUUACACCAAGAUUCAGGCAUAUCAUUUAAUUCUGUAAUUUCUAAUGUUCUGCCCUUCAGCAUGGUCUAAUCUUUAUAACUGUAUAUUAUUCCUACUCUGCCAACUCAAAAUUGGCUAUGCUUUUUUUAGCUCACCAUUUUAACAGCACUAGGCACUCAUUACCACUAUCAGGUUGGUUUUACAUCAGGACCUGAAGGAGAGAAGAGGUCUGUAAUUGAAGCUUAUAUUUUGUUUGGGGAUCUCGUGUUUACUAAAGCCAGUGGGAGACACCAUUGUAUGUGUUCAUAUAGGCCUUUGAUUUUUACUACUCAUCAAGAUUGGAAUAUUACUCUAGCAGUCUUCAUGUUUAGGCAAGUUACAGAGCUUUUAAAAAUUUUUAUAAUUUAAAGUUAUUUAGAAAUUGUGUUUAAUAUCCUGAUAAUAGAACCUAAUAGCCAACUUUUUGUAGAAAUUUCUAGAAGUGUUUAAUCAACUUGAUUAUAAAUGGUAUAAACCUCUAAACAUUAAAAUAUUUUGAAGUAUAAAGUAGUCCGUAUGACACAGCCAAUCUUAAAAUUCUGUUUAAUGCCCUCCAGUAUCACAUUAAGUUCAUCUUCUCUAUGAUUCAUGUCUUAUUUUUACUCCAACAAGUUAGAAGGUAAAGAUCACCUUAAGUUCUUAAAAUUUAUAGAGGCUCAUUUGGAUAAAGGCAGCCCUCCUAAAGAUUUUUUUGAUAUAAUAAUCUGAGAACUUCUCUGUAGAGACUUUGAAACUUUUUGGUUGUAAACCAGAGUAAAAAAAUGCACUUAUGUCAAAACUUAGCAUAUGCAUAAAUGGAACAACACUUAUUGUUUCGGUUUUUAAAACAUGCUGGUUGCAACCUACUAAAUUUAUUUCAUAAUCUCCAUGGGUUGCAACCCUUAGUUUGAAAAUAAAAACACACUUAUAGAAGAACUGAUAUUUAUUGAAUAUGUUCUAGUUGCCAGGCACUUCACUAGGCAUUUUACAGGUACAAUAAAUGAGUCUCAGGGAAGUUAAAUAAUUUGCAGAGGGUUGUUCAACUACAAAAGGGUGAAGCCAGAAUCCUAGGUUUGUUGAACUACAAAAACUUCUAUUACUCUCAUAUUAUACUGCUUCUAUAUAUAAAAUGGAUGUGAGUCAUUCAUUUAUACUUUUUUUUUUUUAAUCUCUUUCAUGAAGUGUCUGGCAGCCUCAGUUUUUAACAAUAGCCAAUACCUUCUGGUGAAUUUAGUCCUUAGAUUAUAAAAUUAAAACUGUUCCCAUUUUACCCAUACAUCCUACAAACUUCUUUAUAUUCUUGAUAAUACUCAUGGGUUAGAGCCAUCACUUAAACAGUGCUUUUUAUAUUUAAUUAAAAAUAUAAACUCUAAUGUUUUUUUAAAACAAAUCUCUCAUAACUAUCAAAUCAAAUGAUUAUUAUCUUUAAAAUAGUACCCUUGGGAAGCCAUGCACUUAGUAUAGUGAUGCUAGUAUUGCUUGGAACAUUUUUUAAACUCUUCUUUUGGAAAUGCCUCCAGAGACAUUUUGCAAAUCACAUAAAAAUGCCAUCUCAGUGUUUAUUAGUCACAGACUAUGUACUCUUUUGUCCUUAUGACCCCUCCUCCCUUCCUCAGUUUUGCUUUUCUUCUGCUUGCUUAGUUCUCCUACCCACCGAUGCUGGAGCCCGUAACCGAAGGAUUCUCAGAUAGGGGUAUGCUGGCCAGAGUUCCUGGAGCAAGAACUUUUAGGUCAGACUGAAGCUGAGUGCUGUAAAAGGAGAAUCCCAGGAGUCCAAAACCCUUCCUCUGUGGGUUGCCUACCUGCCUGUAAGUGCCAUAACUGGUUUGCCCAGGAGUAAGGAUUGAAUACUGGUAAUACCAUCACAGGAAGUUGAGGAAACCUGAGAUAUAAAUACAUAGCAUGCAACAUUUUUCUCCAGUGAAAGUACAGAAACCAAACCAAGCCAUGUUUUAGUUAACUUUAAAAUUGAAAGGUCUUCCUCAGGGUCCCCUUUGCCCUUCAUUGCUGCCAUAUGAAAUCUUUUGUGGGGAAAAUGAAAAAAAGCCUGGGGAGAAGUUCUCCUGUGAAAUGGGACAUUUUUUUUCUCUUGUAAAAAAAAAAGUACAACAUGGCUGUGGCUCUUAAGUACUUAUGAAUGUUAGACAAUGUUCUUAAGUAGUCAGAGGCCUAAUAAAAGGGCAGCUUCCUGCCAGCCUAAAUGAACAUAAACAGUUCAGGUUCUGUUUGUAUUUUUUAUUAACACUACAUUUUGUUUCUAACAGUGGUUCUCACUGUUUAUAUUCAGUAAUUUGACACUUUUACAGAGAAACUUCUUCGGUAUUGUCAAUAAUCAAUGGUAAAAGUUCUACAUGUUACCCAUAUCGCUGUCAUCAAAGAAAAUUAUUUGAGGGGUCAAGAAAUACAUCUGUGCAAUAUUAACAAAAGAAAUAAAUUGAAAUAAAAAUGUAAAAAGUGUCAAAGGCAAAUAAUUUGCCCAAAAUCAAAGCCAGUUAGCACAAAAGCUAGAAUUAUAACCGUCAUCUAAAAUAAAAUUCUCGAAGUAAUUUAACUGAGUGUUUUGUUACGCCAUGUCAAGCAUGCCGAGGCUUGUGGUCCUCCAGACCAGCUUUAGCAUUCCAAAUCAGGCAGUAGCUACAGUGGAAAGAGAAUUGGAUGGGGAAAUCAGGAGAUCAGAUUCUAGUUUUGGCUUUGUCUCCUGUAAUGAGCAUUUUGUCAGGGAUGGCUGCCUUCUGUUCCAGCCAGAGAUUCCCCAACCAUAAACCUUAGUGGUGACCAACUUGGCAUCCUCCAUUCUUUAUAUCUGUCCUCUCACUGGGUCCUCUCAAUUCUCUGAAUGAUAGUUGCAUCUAUUCUAAAUUGUAUUCAUGGUCAUCACUCUAGUACAGACUACUACCUCACACCUAACUCAUCUCCACUAACUUUAAGCCAUUCCUCCCAUCAUUGCUGCAGGAAGGAGAACCAGGUCUGCUGAAAUCUUUUCUGUGGCUCCCAGUGAAUGCCUGAUAAAGUUCAAAUCCCUUAGGUUGGCAUUCACGGCCUUCCAUAUUUUGUCCCCAGCUUUAUCUCUUCAAACUCACUGCUUGCCAUCUGACAAUGCCACUGAAAAUCAGAUAGUCCGCAAAAAUGAUUUUAUGGUUUUGCUCUGGUGAAGGUGUGACCUAGUAAUGAGCUCUGCUUAUAUUUUUCCAGACUAAAAUAAUUAAUGUAAUAAUAGAAUUUGUGAAACUAGUCAGCUGAGAUUUUUUAAGCUCUUGAACAAGCCUAAAAGUUAUUUUCUAAGGAAAAGAAAUACUGUGUUCUUCCAGAAGAAACUGCAUUCAAUUUCUUAACCUCCAGAACAAUCUCAGGCUUGUCACCUGUGCACCUGAAAGACAAAGCAUGAGGAGUUUUCUUCUGCAGCAUAGAUACUCCAGCCUUGAAUGGGCCAUUGUCCAUCUCCUGUGAGAAGCUUGACUUAUAAAUAUUUGAGAAAAAUACUCAAUAGUACGUUACCCAUACAUUUCUCAAGUACUUGAGAUUUUCUUGUAUUAAGGUUAGUCACUAAAAAGAUGUUUACCUGAAUUAAGCCCCCUACAGAUAUUUUCCAUUUUAUUGUUAAACUCUUGGUGUUAGCGAGGGUCAGCACAAGAAAAAGUCCAAUGAUGAGAAUUUCUACAAAUUCUGUAAAGCUUCCUGAAUUCACUUAUGUUGCUGAGUGGUGCCUGUAUAAGGAAACAUGCAAUAAAGUCACUCAUUCAACAUUUAACUGAAUGCCUGUUGUGUGUUUGAGCGCCAAGGCCAUACAUAGAGAAAUAUUAGAUCUAUAGAAUCUACCUUUGCACACCAUCCCAGUUAAUGAAUUUAGAUACCUAAAGCAAGGAAAUGACAGUAAAGUGUGUACAUACCCUCAGGGAGGACUGAACAAAGUAACAUGAGGGUACAGAAUGGACUGACUAGCUCUGCCUGGAAAAGAAGGGGAAGGCUCUGUGAAGCAGGGUAUUUGAGCAGUCAGUGCCCUGAAGAAUGUGACUGACUAAAGUAGGACUUGUGGGCUUUCAAGCGGCAGAGGAAUUGCAUGUACAAAGGGUUCAAAUCAUGAGAGGGCAUAGUGUGCUUAGAGAAAACCAAGGAAUUACAUACUUUGAAUGAUGACGCUGGGUAGAUGUAAAAUACUAGAGUGAUUUUAUAUAUUCUUUGUUUAAAGGAAUUAAUAUAUUGCUUUGUAUCAGAUAAGACAGUUAUACCUCUUGGAGUUCUUCAUUUUUGCCCUUGUUCCAGAGAAGUUAGUAAUAAACCUCACAUUUGCCUGGG